AUGGACCAGUCUUCAGAUACCGGAAUCCCUUUAAGCUCGAAGGACCGAAGCGAUCAGCCCCCACUCUACAACGACCUGGCCGACCCGGGUCGUUCCACCGCAGUCGACGUCUCGAUCCCGGGCGCCCUGAAGGGGAUUGGAAUUUUCAAAGAUUGGCUAUAUUCACUAUCACCAUCGCUCUCUCGAAAUCCUCGCAUCCUCCAUCGCGUAAUUUCGGCGCAGAUCCAUAAUACACCGAUACUACGCAUCCAUAUCAAAGGUUUUAAGGAAGGAGAUGACUCAACAGAGUUCAGCUUUGCGCUUGACUUGUCGUCGACCUUGCUGAAAAAUGGCGACGAAUGGCGGAAAAUCCGAAUUAUAUCUGGAGGAAGCCAAGCCGUGCAUUUCAGCAAAGCAAAAGAUGUCGAGGAAGGCACUGCACAGUUCGAAGAUCAUCAUGCGUUGGUAGGGGCGGGAGCAGCCCCCGAAGUCGACUACGCAGGCGAAAGAAACCCCGACCUUAUCAACUGGUGCGAACAGUUCUGUCAGGACCCUGCAAAGGUCAAGGUGCUGAAUAUCAAACGAUUCGUGGGGGAAUUUGACUUUGAGACCUUCCGCUCGGAACUGAUCGCCUAUAUUCGUUCCACGGAAUAUCGUGGACAUGUUGAAAUCACCACAUCUAUUCCCCACAGUGUGAUAACGAUAUAUUCCUCCCACUGGAUCAACAAAAUGCGAACCAACUUUUUCAUAUUUUGGUUUUUCAUUGUGGCACAGCUAUGGAUUAUCACGUUGCCUCUAUUGUGCCUCCUUGACCAGAAAUAUGAGAUAGCGUCCGAAUGGAGGUCAUCGCAGACGUUCAAAGAUUCCAAUGCAUCUCUGCGAAAGGUCUAUGCGCUGGGUCGUGAUGAAGCAAAACUAGCAGAUUUCUGGACCGCAACGGUAGUCGGUGCGGUUACGGAUCGAUUAAAUGAUGGCGUCGUGUUGAAUGUGGGAAGUCUGCAACGUAUGCGGCGGCGCGCGCAGGAACGCAGGGAAAAUAUUGAAUCUUUCUUACCCCGACCGAGCGCCACAGAUAGCUCCACUGCCUAG